GCGUUUUCUCACCUUAUCUUCAUCCUCGUUUCCUAUCCUUUCCUUGGGCGAUUUCUUGGAAAUCGCCUUGCCAUUACACAGCAACGCCCCCAAUCAGCCAAGUCCAUGAUGUGAACGCGAUGAUCAAUCUACUUCAUAUAUUUUGCCAUUUGAGGAGCAAACCGAGGAAGUGCCGAUCCUCGUCCGCGACGCCGAAUGUCUAAGCCGCAGGCGGUCGAGAUCGGGAUACCGAUGAAUGGGAUCGGCAACGGCGCACCGGCGCCGGAACCUCCCAACGAGCCACCACAACGACGGCAACACGCGGGCUGGGAGCGAAACGAUCGCAACGUCGUCCUCCUCGUCGCCACGCUCAUCACCACGCUCACCUACCAGCUAGGCACCAACCUUCCCAGCGGCUACUACCAAGAAGACGGCGCCGGGUACCAGGCCGGCGACUCCAUUCUCCGCCACAAGCACCACCACCGCUAUUGGCUUUUCAUGACCGGCAGCUGGACCGGGUUCGGUAGCUCCAUGCUCAUGACGCUCGCGCUGCUCACCGGCGCCUCCACCGGCUCGCGCCUCAUCCGGUGGCCCUUCGCCGUCGCCUACUCCUCCCUCGUCCUUACCUUCAUCUCGUCGCAGCCCAAGACGAAGCUCUCAUUAGACAUCCUCCUCUGGAUUUUCGUCCUCUUCAUCCUUUGGGCCGCGGUCAGUUUCAAACAGCGGGAGAUGAGCAUUCCGGAGGCGCUUGGCGCCCUCAAAGGCUUCGUCCGCCGGCGUUUCUGCCGUUAAUUUGUUCGAUUUUCCAUUCAUCGAUCGCAAGCUUGCUCUGUACUGUGAGAAAAUAGCGUGUUUUUACUUUUUAUUACAUUAUUAUCUUUGUC